AUGUCCCUCAGCCGCCCCUCGAUGGCGUAUGACCCCAACGCGCCCAAACAAUCAUUCUUCGAGAAAGAGCGAGAAAGGCUAGUCGAGGAGAUUUCGGCGGGAUUUGAAGAGCUAUUGACACACUCAAACGUCCUCAAUCGGACCCUGGAGGAGGUACAUGGGGUCGGAAAGGAGUUUACGACAGUAGCGAAGCUAUGGGGCAGAUUCGAUGAUCUUAUUCGGCAGCAACAGGCGGAGCAGGCGGGGAGUGCGGAUAUUGGGGUACCGGGGACGGGGGGAGCGAAUUAUGGGGCAAGCACGAUGCGGCAGGGAUAG